AUGGCCGAGAAAAUUGUACGCAAAGUCUUGGAAGAAAUUCAUCUGCAAGCUCAAAAGGCAACACAAGCAUAUAAAGAGUGGUUCCUGAUCCGGUGCAAUAAAUUCUUCAAACAUGUUCUACCGGACCUAACCACCAGACAAAGAUUUGAGAGAAUUUUGGAGAUAGAGGAAGACGUUAUCAAGCUCACAAACGCCGAGGAUCCCAACGAAGGCAUGGACCGACACGCAAUAGUGGAACCGCGUGCUCGGCUACACAAGCUAACCGCACAUAUACGAAAGCUUACAGAAAGGUAUGUUGCGGGAACACCGAAGGCUAAAUUACAACUCCUGGUGUUGGAUAUACUUGAAGUCAAGAAAGGAGAAUUCAUUGACGAAAUAGAGCGGCUUGAAGCGGUGCGCAGACAGCGAGAUACGGCGCACUCUCCACGUCCUGAGACCGAUGACGGUCAGAAUCGAAGUGAUACGCCUCCUCUAGCGGAUCCGGUCAUCAACGAAACCGACGAAAAGACAAAGACUCCUUUCACCGGGCCACUUGAAACUGAUCAACCUGGGGAUUCAGAACCGGUCGUUACAGAAGAAAGGGUCAAGACUCACAUUGAAGAGUUUGCCAACAGAAAGGUUCGACCGUGGAAGAGGAAAAUCAAGAGAGCCGCGCUUCAAACAAUCAAGUUAGCCGAAACAACGAGGGAUGAUCUUGUGAAGGCAGAUGCCCGGAUCACAGAGAUCGAAGCCGACUACCGGGACGAUACUAUUCUGCACAACGAACAUCUUAAGCGAACCGAAGACUUGGAAGAUAAGACCUCCAAGAUGGUGGAUGACUUGGAACGGUUUCAAGAGAAAACCGAUCAACGGCUCACAAAGGUAGAUGAGGACCUAGGGCGGUCAAGCACCGAAGUCGGUUCGACACUUGACAGGGUCAUAGAUCUUGAAAUGAAGAAUGCGAGUCUUGAAGAGCGCAACGACAAACUUGAAGCCGACCUCAAGACGGUCACUGAACAGGUGACUGAGUUGAUAAAUGCCAAGAUUAAUGCUGAUAAAGCGGUUGAGGAGGCAAAUGCUCAAGCGGCUAAGGAUAUUCAGGAUGCACUAGACGAAGAAACGCGGAAAGCAAAGGAAGCACUGCAAUCGUCUGAUGCGAACUUUAACGAACGGUUACGGAUAUCAAUGGCCAGAGAUCCGACACUUGCAAAGAACAUAGCAGCUCAAGCGACCGAGGAUGCAGAACGGUUAGAUACUGAAAAACGAAGGCUCGCCGAAUUUGCAAAGGCUCACAAGAAGACCAAGGCGACUUCUUCCUCUUCGGUUCCGGCAACACGGAAAAGGAAAACACCAUCAAGGAAGGUUCAAGUAACCAGGAUGCUGGAGAGGAUCACCGAGACGAUUAUUGAAACUCCACCGAACCCAGCUAUGCAAACCGAGGAUGAAAUCGAAGAGAAUCUCGAGCCGCGAUCUACAAGACAGCGAGUUCUCAACACUGCUCCAAUCAGCACGGUCGGUCAACCGCAAUCUGGAGGUUCAUCUUCAAGAACGGCUCCACCGGAUGAGGAACAACCAAUCAAUGACAUGAUGAAAGACUUCCUGCCAUCCGAAUCAGAAUAG